AUGCCUGACUGGAGAAUUUACCAUCCUACCGGGACCUUCACCGAUCCCGAGCACAAAGAAAAACUCGCCGAGGCCAUUACCUCGAUAUACACUCGAGUCGGGCUGCCGGCAUUCUACGUGGUAGUCAUAUUCAUCGAGAUGCCUCCGGGCACCCUAUACCGAGCCGGAGUAUCAUGCCACGCAGAAGGGGUGAAGCCUUUUGUUCGGCUUACAUUCAGCCACAUCGCCAGGCACUUUCCUCCGGGUGAGAGCCCUAUGCGGACAAACUUCAUGAAUCGGGUCCACGACACUUUGAAGCCGUACCUUGCAGACAAAGCGUACGACUGGGAGGUCAACGGCGAGGAGCUGGAGCGCGAAUUCGUGCAUAUCAAUGGCCUCAGGAUUCCUCCUACAGGCUCCGAGGAUGAGCAGAGAUGGUUCCGUGACAAUGAGCCGUCACCGUGGGGUCCUUACCUUGCUGCCUAG